AUGUUCCUGCCAAUCAAGUUGCUUCGGCGGACACAAAGUAGUCUGCUGGUGACUCUGGGGAAAUGGCUUGGACCUUCCAUAUACGCGAUCGCUCUGUUGAUCCCAGGGGUUGGCCGCCUUGAGACCGACACAUACAGUGGACAAAGGCAGCAGUGGCGGGCCCAGGAAGAAUACAAUAAGGAUGGCACGAUGGCAGCGCGCGGAUAUGUAGCAGCGACUGACCGCGAGGUUGCACGGCGCGACUCGAGAUUUCCAUCAAAACGGCAAGAGACAAUCGGCAUGAUACAGAGCGUGCACCGCUCGGAAAUCGGACACCUUGGUUGGACAUUAUCCAGAACCACAAGCGUCGCCUUCCCGCACUUAGUCAGCCACAAUCCACUUUGGCCUCACAGGCUAGACAUCAAGGAGACACUUCAAUGA